GCGCUGGGCUGGGCCCGGCCCUCCUCUGCAACCGAGCGAGAGACUGAGGCAGCGGGGAUGGUGGGAGCGGGGAGCUGGGGUCACUCGGCCUCCUACCUAGGAGGGGCGCUUGUCGCCCUCCUGCUGUCGGGCCUGGCACAGCCCCACGAUGUAUCCAGACGACCACCCUGGGAUCUAAAAAUUGACCAGGCCUUGUUACAAAUUCACAAUGAAUUGCCCGAUGAAGAAGUGACCGUCUACUGGCUCUCAGAUUAUUGCUACCAGUGCGUUUAUCUAGAGCUGAAUUCUGUCCCCAUAAGGAGAACAUCUGAAGAAUCUAGUAUUGCACCUGUUGCUGUGGAUUCUCAGCAUGCAAUCACCCUCAUGGUCAACAGUAUUACAAAAGGCAAAGAACUUUGCAGGAUAUAUUAUCAUUUUGGAGAAUUUGGAAACUAUUCCCUAAUGAUCAGAAGUCUACCCAGCAACAUUUCAUGCAAUAUAGUUAUCAAUCAAAGUCCUGUCAACAGCUACCUCCCUAUUUUCUAUGCAUUUUUGAUCUACAUGGGCAUUUUCAGUUUUCUGUCAUUGGGACGGUUUUGUGUGAACAUUGAGCCAAUCAGAAACUGGCUUUACAAGAAGAUGAAUCCUAGAGAAACUGAUCGACUUAUUAAUUCAGAGCUUGGAUCCCCAAGCAGAACAGAUUCCAUCAGUGGUGAUCUCCCAGCUGGGGUAUGGAGUACAGCCUCCUCCCCACAGAGGCUUCGUUCCCUGGACACAUUCAGAGGGUUGGCGCUUAUAAUUAUGGUCUUUGUGAAUUAUGGUGGAGGAAAGUAUUGGUUUUUCAAGCAUCAGAGCUGGAAUGGACUAACUGUAGCAGACCUCGUCUUUCCAUGGUUUGUGUUUAUCAUGGGCUCCUCCAUUUCAUUGUCUCUGAGUUCCAUGUUGAGACGGGGAUGUUCCAAGUGGCAACUUCUGGGGAAAGUCCUGUGGAGAAGUCUCCUCUUGUUUUUAAUAGGAGUCAUAGUUGUGAACCCAAAUUACUGCCCUGGGCCUUUAUCCUGGGAUAACCUGCGAAUUCCAGGUGUGCUUCAGAGACUGGGCUGUACAUACCUUGUGGUUGCUGUGCUUGAGCUCCUCUUUGCCAAGCCUGUGCCUGAAAACAGUACCCUGGAGGCUCCAUUCCCUGAUCUCCAGGAUAUUCUACCCUACUGGCCCCAGUGGCUUUUCAUGAUGACGCUUGAAGCAGUUUGGGUGUGCCUCACCUUCCUGUUAAACGUACCUGGCUGUCCAACGGGUUACCUUGGCCCUGGAGGUAUUGGCGAUUUUAACAAGUAUCCCAACUGUACAGGAGGUGCAGCAGCCUAUAUUGAUCACUUGCUUCUGGGAGAGAAACACAUCUACCAACAUCCGUCUUCUAAUGUGAUCUACAUGACUAGAGUGGCCUUUGACCCUGAAGGAGUUUUGGGAACGAUCAAUUCUGUCAUCAUGGCAUUUUUAGGACUUCAGGGAGGAAAAAUUCUCUUGUUUUUCAAAGACCAGCACAGACAAAUAAUGCUCCGGUUUUGUGUCUGGAGUGUAUUAAUGGGUGUCAUUUCUAUUGUGUUGACCAAAUGCUCAAAAGAUCAAGGCUUUAUUCCAGUGAACAAGAAUUUAUGGUCAAUCUCGUACGUGACAACACUGAGCAGCUUUGCCUUUGUGCUUCUGCUGUUGAUAUACUACCUUGUAGAUGUUAAGAAGGUGUGGUCAGGUGCUCCAUUUUUCUAUCCAGGUAUGAACUCCAUUCUCGUCUAUGUUGGACAUGAAAUAUUUGAAAAUUACUUUCCUUUUAAGUGGAAGAUGAAGGACACACAAUCUCAUGCUGAACAUUUGACUCAGAAUCUAAUUGCCACAUCCCUGUGGGUUAUGAUAUCCUAUGGACUCUACCGGAAGAGAAUAUUCUGGAAAAUCUAACUAUUAUCAUCUACAGGUCAAAGGAAUUUGGGGCAUGAGAGCACUGGAGUACUCCCACUGUACUGAUGCUACUUUUUUUCUUUUUUAAAAGGGAUCACGUGUUUGGUUUACAUUCCAAGUCAUCUUGAACUGAGACGUGCAUAUUUAAGAUUUGCUGGCUGACUUGCCAGUUAGCCAAGACAAGGCUGUUUAAACUUUUACAUAUUUACUGUAUUAUUCCGUUUAUUAAUACACAUACCAAAUGGC